GUGCGAGAGAAGAUGAACGCCAUGGUCAACAGCGCCAUUGUGCACUACCGAGAUGACCUGGACCUCCAGAACCUCAUUGAUUUUGGUCAGAAGGAGUUCGGCUGCUGCGGAGGUGUCUCCUACAGAGACUGGUCCCAAAACAUGUACUUCAAUUGCACACCCCAAAAUCCCAGCCGGGAGUUUUGCUCGGUGCCUUAUUCCUGUUGCCGGCAACCGGAAGACCAGUUGGUCAUCAACACCAUGUGCGGCCAAGGGGUUCAGAUGCUCAGCUACCCCACAGCCGGAGAAAUCAUUCACACCGACGGCUGCAUCGAUAGGCUGGUGGACUGGAUGCACAGCAACCUCCUGCUGACCGGUGCAGUGGCCCUGGGCCUGACGCUCCCCCAGGUAAGGAAUUAGAAUAAGAACAAUUAGGAAUAAGGAGUAGGAAUAAGGAUAUGGAGUAGAAUAAAGAAUAA